AUUAAUAAAAGGUUGAACAACACUUGACAACUGUCAUUUAACUUUGUUUUGAGGUUAUCUGCUUGUUAUCUGUCAUUUUACACCAAAUCAUCUAAAUCCGUUCUGGAUAGGUCUGUGAUAAAAACAGAACAAGUAUGGUUUGAUCUGUUACUAAUUGUAAAUAAUUAGCUCAUUAAAAAUUAUCACGUUUAAAAUGAGUGCGCAACCCAGCCCCGCAAACCAGAAUGUUGAUCGUGAAAAGAUUUACCAGUGGAUUCUCGAAUUAUCUAAUCCAGAAACUAGAGAGAAUGCCCUUUUAGAAUUAAGUAAAAAACGCGAAGUUGUACCCGAAUUGGCUCCCAUGUUAUGGAAUAGUUUUGGCACAAUUGCUGCCUUAUUACAGGAAAUUAUAAACAUCUACCCUGCCAUAAAUCCACCCACAUUAAACGCCCAUCAAUCAAACAGAGUCUGUAAUGCUUUAGCUUUAUUACAAUGUGUUGCUUCUCACCCGGAAACAAGAUCUCAAUUUUUAUUGGCACAUGUACCUUUAUUUUUAUACCCUUUUUUGCAUACCGUAUCGAAAACUAGACCGUUUGAGUAUUUAAGAUUGACUAGUUUGGGUGUUAUUGGAGCUUUAGUAAAGACUGAUGAACAAGAGGUUAUUACAUUUUUAUUAACUACAGAAAUAAUUCCUUUAUGUUUACGCAUAAUGGAAUCUGGAUCAGAAUUAAGCAAAACAGUAGCCACAUUUAUUCUUCAAAAAAUACUUUUAGAUGAUAGUGGUUUGUCAUAUAUUUGCCAAACUUAUGACCGUUUUAGCCAUGUUGCAAUGAUUUUGGGUAAAAUGGUUUUAUCUUUGGCAAAAGAGCCAUCGGCAAGACUUUUAAAACAUGUUGUGAGGUGUUAUUUGCGAUUGUCUGAUAAUCCUAGAGCUAGAGAGGCUUUGCGUCAAUGUUUACCUGACCAAUUAAGGGAUCAAACAUUUACACCUUGUUUACAAGAAGAUAAAUCAACGAAUCAUUGGUUAUCACAAUUAUUAAAAAAUUUGGAUACCCCAGCUCCAACAACGGAUCCACGUCAAGUGGGGAUUUCUCCACUGACGUCCCAAUAAAACACAGAAAACACGUUCAUUAUUAUAUAACUUUUUUCUAAGGGUUUAUAAAUGUGAUCAGACUCGAUUAAAAAAGAAUAUUAUAAAAAAGGAUAAUCAAUUAAUAUUAUUUUGAACGGAAAAAAGUGUUUAUUGUUUUGGAGUUUUUAAGUAUGCGUUCUAUUUUUUUCUUCAUAAUACCUUAUUAUAUUUACAAUUCGUAGUAUUGUUGUAUGUAUAGGAUAAUGGAAUAAAAAAUAUUUUUUCUUUUUUCAAAA